AUGGUUUACAAUUGUAACGAAUGCGGGAGUAAUUUUCCAAAGCUGAGUCAAUUACUUCAACACAGGAGGACAGAAAAUCACUGGAGAAUGUUUAGUUGUGAUACGUGUGGAAAAACAUUUAACCGAAAAGUAAACUUAGACAGACAUAAAAAGAAGCAUACGAUAACCAAUAAUCUACAUUGUACAGUUUGUAGCCAACCGUUUACACGCUAUGAUAACCUCAAACGUCAUCAGAUGGAGAAACAUCAGAUGGGUGGGGGGUUGAAGAAAUCAGCGGAAAAUGAUGACAUACCUAUAAAACGCUUGAAGAAAAACGACGAUCCUAAAGAAUUUUACAAUAUUACGAAAAUCAAUGAACAGCGCAUGGAAAAAUUUAAAACGACAUCCUCUACUUACAAAGUGACUUUUAAAGAUCUAGAGGUGACAUAUGAUGUGUCGGCGACACUCGAGCGACUGUUUAAUGCCAUUUUUGAAGACUUGACCAGGGGAGCUAAGCCAGAAGACCUGAUCAGAUUGGUAAUCCAGAGUCCUACAUUGGAUUACCCUAUCGUUAUACCGUUUUUACGCAUACCCGAACUGACUACAGAGCGUUUUAUGGGUGAAGUGGAGAGAGUAUUACAAUCAAAUGAAGAUUUUACCAUUGACGAAGGGUUAAUGUUUGACGUCAUACAUGUGAAUAUGCCAAAUGGGGGAAGCAGGAAAAAAUGCCAUUAUGUUAACUUAGAGAAAACAUUGAAAGAAAAACGAUGUUUCAUACGUAUCCAGAAUGACGAUGACUUAUGCUGUGCGAGAGCCCUUAUUACGGCCAAAGCUAAAUUAGACCAACAUGAAAAAUGGAACAGCAUCAGACAGGGACGUGAAAUACAAAAGCAAUUGGCAGAAAGGUUACAUAAAAAUGCCGGUGUGUUCCUAGGACCUUGUGGUAUUGAUGAAAUCAAGAAGUUUCAAAAGGCUCUGUGUGGAUACCAGAUAAACAUCGUGUCGGCUGACCAUUUUAACGGUAUUAUCUACGCUGGACCAGAUGCUGAAAAGAAAAUCUAUCUCUACUACAGUAACAAUCAUUACGAUAUAAUUACCAGUAUGCCAGCCUUCUUAUCCAGAAAUUAUUACUGUACAAUAUGCGGAAAAGGAUAUGACCAUAAGGAAAAACAUUCGUGUAACAAUGCGUGUCACAACUGUAAGAAAAUACAUAGCCCGAGUGAAGAAAAAUGGAUCCAUUGCGAGAUAUGCAAUCGAUUGUUUCGAGGACAAGAGUGCUUUGAUCUUCACCAAAAAGCAACAGCGAAAGGAAAUUCAACGUGCCUCACUUACAUCAGAUGUGAAGACUGUGGAAAAACAAUAAAUAAAAAUAUGAGUGAAAAACCUCAUAUAUGCGGUUCAAAAUACUGUGAACUGUGUAAAGACUUCUUUGAAGAGGGACACCAGUGCUACAUGCAACCUGAAGAUUUAAACCAAGAUGAACAAUUAACGAUAAAUGACGAUGAAAAGAACGUUGAUACAUAUAUAUUUUUUGAUUUGGAAUGUCGACAGCAAGAUAUUGUUCAAUGUGAGAAAGGUUAUGAGAGUGGAGUAGAUGGGAAAUGUAUACAUUGUAAAAGGUCAAAGUGCGGUGCCUUUGAACAUGUACCGAAUUUAUGUGUGGUCCAUAAAGUAUGUACUGUAUGCAUGGAUAGAGAGUUGGGUGAAAAAAGUGAGUGUGAGUUGUGUGGAAAAAAUGAACUUAUAUUUUCGGGACUGAAUACUAUCGAUACAUUUUGUAGUUGGCUGUUUUCUGAAGAAAAUGUCGAUGCUACCGUCAUAUGUCACAAUUUCCAAGGUUAUGACUCUUACCCCAUUCUCCAAUAUUUGUACAAAAAUGCCAUCGUUCCGACUGUGAUACCUAAUGGUGCCAAAAUCAUGUCCUUGAUAGUUCCUAGUUGUAAAAUCAAAAUGAUUGAUUCCAUUAACUUUUUGCCAAUGGCUCUUUCAAAACUGCCAGCCAUGUUUGGAUUUUCUGAAUUAUCUAAAGGUUACUUCCCCCAUCUCUUUAACCGACAAGAGAAUCAAACUACUGUACUUAAUCAUUUACCGAAUAUGAAAUAUUACAACCCAGAUGGAAUGAAACCCGAUUCGAGAAGAGUUUUUAUGGAGUGGUACGAAGCCAAUAUACACACACCGUUUGAUUUUCAAAAGGAAAUAUUGAAGUAUUGUCGGUCAGAUGUGGAUAUCUUAAGACGAUGUUGUCUCAAAUUUAGAGCUGACUUCCUCAAAGUUACCCAAGUUGAUCCAUUUAAGAAGAACAUUACCAUUGCCUCCGCUUGUCAAACAGUCUUUAGAACAAAUUUUCUCAAAGAAAACACGAUUGGUAUCAUUCCUACACAUGGUUACAAUCCCGAACAGGUUCAAUCUAUAAAAGCUUUACAAUGGGUGAAAUACCAGUCUUAUGCUCUGGGUAUUAGGAUACAACAUGCUAGAAAUGGGGGUGAAAGGGUAAUUGGACCUUACAGGGUAGAUGGUUAUUAUGAAACAGGAGACCAGAAAGUCGUAUUAGAGUUCCACGGCGACUUCUGGCAUGGUAAUCCGAAACUCUAUUCAAGUUCAACGGUAAACCCUGUCAAUAAACUAACCAUGGGGAGCUAUAUCAAAAUACUUUGA